AUGACAUCAAUUUUGUUCCCUACCUCUGACAGCCCCAUGGGCGCGCGGACGAAGCAGGACUACGUCCCGUUCAUGAGCGACAUGGCCCGCGCUGCCUCAGACGCCGCAGAUGCUCUGAUUCUUUUCAAAAAUCUGGUCGAGGGAACCGCCGGCGGGCCAGAUUCCACCGGCUUCAUGGCGUUCGAUGCUCAUGGUGGCGAUACGGGUUGCCAGUUGCGGGCCGGCAUGGUGCUCGAGACGUUCGUCGUCUACCGGCACUUCCAGUCCUCGAUGCCGGACGUCUGGGAUGCCGUUCGGGCUUGGCUGGACGAGACCGUGGCCAAGCUUCAAAAGGUCCACACGGAAGCCGAGCUUGCCUGCAGGAAGCUUCUCAAACACGAAGUCCACCCCAGCAAGCUGGGCCUGCCAAGUGUCGAGAAGGCCCUCCAAAUUCUUGGCUGGGACCACGCCGCCGAACCACCCUCGCUGAUCGACGUCCUCCACCAGUCCCUCAGCGAGGCCAGCGAUGCCAUCCUCGCAGGACUCCCGCCCAUCCUAUGCCACUACCUCGAGCAAGCCGGCGUCAUCGGCCCUAACGGCCGCCCCUACUCCACGUCGACGCCGUCCAGCAGCAGCGCCGGGAGCCUGUACGCCGCCUCAUCCUGCAGCUCUCCAGAAACGGCCCCGCAAUCCUGCCCCUCCUCGCCGCCAUCACUCUGCCUUGACGAAUCAAUUUUUGCUGCAGCCUCGACCCCAUUGCCCGACAACAAAGAACUGCCGCUUACAACCGACUGGGCCAUCCUCGAGUUUUCCACUCUCUCUCGCUUCAUCGUCUUCUGCCACGUCUUGUCCAAGUACAAAGCCUUCGGCAUCCUCAACGGCACAAUUGGCGCGCGUUUGGCGCCCGAUGCCGCGGCCGAGGCUUCAUACGCGUAUGUGCGGCCGUACGUCGCCAAGAAGAAGGCGCCGGGAAAGCCGCAGCGGACACUGCGCGAGCUGAGCGGGCUACAGGGGUGGGUGGCGGAUUUGAGUUGCGCAUGGCUGCGGGCGCUUGGAGUGAGGUCAGGGACGGGGAUGGAGAGGCUAAUCAUGAGCACCGUGCAGCAAUCUGACAAGGGCCUCAAGGCUGCGGCGUGCUAUCCCGGUUUUCUUCUCGCUCGCGAGGCAUGGGCGGCAAUGAAUGAAACGUUGUUGCUCGUGGACCGGCACUUCUGCGCCGACGGAGGAUUCCAUUACAAUCUCUUCACCGCCACCCUCACCCUCGCGUCUCCUCCUCCCAGCGCGCGCCCCAGCCACACCGCCCCGCUCGGCCUCCACGUGCGUUGGACCAUCCAGCAUGACUCCCUCUCCUCCUCGUCCUCGUCCGACAACACCCGCCCCCACCUCGUGAUCAUGGGCAACAGCAUCGCCGGCGGACAUGCCGCAUACAUGUCGCGUAUCGCCGCAGCAGCAGCGCCGCACCACUGCACGCCUGACCACCCCUGCGCAGACAACGAGGCCCACGUGCGAGAUGUGCUAGCCGCAGAUCACAACAGGCUUGCACUAGCGUUUUUUGCGGUGCACAAGGCGUAUGCAUUCCCCGUUGGUUCGGAUGAUGGGGAGAUUGCUUUUGUGGAGGGGCAAAUGGAUGCGUGGGAGGAGCAGGGUGGUGUUUUGGGGGUAGACGAUGACGCGGCGAGAGUGGCGUUGAAGGAUGUUUGGAAGAUUAGCAGGGAAGAGGCGGAUGAGAUGGGGACGGGCGAGGGGGGCAUGCAGACGUUUGCGUGGCAGCAUGCAUUUCUGGAGACGCGGGCUCGAGUAUUGAGAAGGGUGGAGAGGUGGGUUGAGAAGGGGGAGUUGAUGCCGUUGCAUUGUCACGACCAGCACUGA